AUGAGGAAUUCAGUUAUGGUGAAGAAAGAACAUAAAAUUGAUGAUCCUUUCAAAGCCUGGCCAUUGCAGAGAGCCCCCCAGUCUUGUUCACAAGAUUCUUCCUGUCCUGGUUUGAGCCAGGAUGAAGCCAAUGAUUUCAAAUGGGGUCCUGACCAACAGAAAGCUUUUGAGCAGAUCAAAAAGGAGAUUGUGCAAGCAAUGGCCCUUGGACCAGUUCGAACAGGGCCAGACAUCAAGAACGUGCUCUACACUGCAGCCGGACACAAUGGUCCCAACUGGAGCCUCUGGCAGAAAGCACCAGGGGAAACUGGAGGCCGACCCUUGGGAUUCUGGAGCCGGAGCUACAGAGGUUCUGAGGCCAACUACAUAACAACUGAGAAGGAGAUACUUGCAGCAUAUGAAGGGGUUAGAGCCGCUUCAGAAGUAAUUGGCACUGAAGCACAGCUCGUCCUGGCACCCAGGCUACCGGUGCUGAGAUUCAUGUUCCAGAAUAACCUUUCUCCUGUCCAUCAUGCCACUGAUGUGACUUGGAGUAAAUGGACUGCUUUGAUCACCCAGCGAGCCCGAAUAGGGAAACCUAAUCGUCCAGGGAACCGCCGGAAGUGGAAAGCUGCCAUGUGGAGUCCUACAGGAAUAACUGCACAAGCAGUUGAUGGAGGAGGUGAAUUAAGUCAGUUUGCAGAGACGCUUGAACUUACCACAGAAGUAGCGCCCUCCGAAUUAAAGCCAGAAAAGAUCGUUUACCUGACAGCAGCCCGGUGGGCAGCGGUGAACCCUCCUCCUCCUCCUCCUCCUCCUCCUCGGUGUGCCCCGGCGGUGCCACAGGGGUGGCCGGAGCUGGCAGGAGGCACAAAGCUGGGUGUCUGGCACGUUGGCUGCUCUGGGUCUAAUCGGGUGGAUGGAUCCUCGUUCAAAAACAGCAGCCCCAAAAUGACGUUGUGCACCAACCAAUUGUGUGUCGCCGAGGGAGGACACGUGGAUGUUACCAAUAUAAUAAAGGAGCAAAAUAGAGAGCUACGAGGUACACAGAGGGCUAUAACCAGAGAUAGAGCAGCACUUGAAAAACAGGAAAAACAACUGGAACUGGAAAUAAAGAAAAUGGCUAAGACUGGUAACAAAGAUGCCUGUAAAGUGCUAGCAAAACAGCUUGUACAGCUGCGGAAGCAGAAAAAUCGAACAUAUGCUGUUAGUUCUAAAGUCACUUCCAUGUCAACUCAAACAAAGGUCAUGAACUCUCAGAUGAAGAUGGCUGGAGCUAUGUCAACUACAGCAAAAACAAUGCAAGCAGUGAAUAAGAAAAUGGAUCCACAAAAGACACUACAAACCAUGCAAAAUUUCCAGAAGGAAAACAUGAAGAUGGAAAUGACUGAAGAAAUGAUUAAUGAUACUCUGGAUGAUAUUUUUGAUGCUUCUGAUGAAGAGGAAGAAAGCCAAGAUAUUGUUAACCAAGUGCUUGAUGAGAUAGGAAUUGAAAUCUCUGGGAAGAUGGCCAAAGCUCCAUCAGCUGGCAGAGGCUUACCAUCUGCAUCAACAUCAAAAGCUGCUACCAUAUCAGAUGAAGAGAUUGAACGACAGCUCAAAGCUCUGGGAGUUGAUUAGCCUGAUGGCAAUAUACAGUCUGCUUUCUAAUUAUUCAGCUGCAGACAGAUGUAAAAAGUGCAAAUGCUCUUUCAAUGCAACUGAUGUCUAGGAAAACUCUGAAGCUUCAGAAAUGACAGCUUGAAGUUGGUACUGGGGGAAGAAGGGGAGAAUACUUUGAAUCAAUUUACAGGAAGAAUACACUUGUUAUCU